AUGAACAAUAUAAAGCCAUUGAAUUCUCGUUUCUCCGCCUUGCUUCGCAAGAAGCCGUUUCCCAUACCUUCUCCCGGAUCACCUUUACCCCCCGGCAUACUCAUUGAUGAAGAGAUCUCGCCAGUAUACGAUUCCAAGUGGUACUUCUACCCAGCGAAACCUGGAGAGGUACUCGCCGAUCGUUACCAAACCUUGGUCAAGGUUGGUUGGGGCGUGUCUUCAACAGUAUGGCUCGCGCGUGAUUUACAAGAGCACAUCGAAGGGCCAGAGAAAGUCGUAGCACUGAAAAUUGCCAAUAACAAUACCAGUUCCGCUAGUCAUGAGCGCGAAGUUGAAGAGCAUAUUGCCACAACAGACCCGUCACAUCGCGGUCGUUCACUUAUCCGAACAUUCAUAGACUCCUUUGAAGUAACAGGUCCAAAAGGUUCUUAUUCGUGUCUUGUGUAUCCGCCUAUGAGGGAGCCGCUGUCGAUGUACCAGCGGCGCUUUGACAACGGAAAGAUGCCACUGCCCCUCAUUAAGACAUACAUUCAUGUUCUUCUUACGGGGCUUGAUUAUCUACACAAAGAAUGCAGGACAGUUCAUACGGGUAAGUUCAUCUUCAGCCUUGCUUCCGUCGGCAAUACUGAGCCCGGCAGGCGAAUUGGGGGGACAUCCUUUUCUUCAAUAGGACUCGCUUUCACAGGAGUCUGGCUCCAAGUAGACUUUUAUCUCGAAUAUCCUACAGUUUUCGAGCUCCUAGAUCCCACUAAUGCACCAGGUAACCUACAUUCCUAA